GAUGCGGGCGAGACCCAGUUUGUCAUCCGCGCGCGCGGCGUGGACUACAAGAUUGACCUGGGGCACAUGACGCAGACGAACUUAAAGUCCAAUCGGACUCGCACGAUUCGAGUGGUGGACCGCCACCUCGCCGAGCAGGGGAUGGACUUCGACGCCUUCCGUAGUGCCUUCAAAGAGCGGUCAGCCGAUGGGAAGUUGACAAAGGAGGUUCUCGUCGCAAGCUGGACAGACAAAGAAAAGCCUGAGGAGGAUAGUCUGCUUUUGCAACUGACGGCCGCAGCGGUCACAAAGGAGAUGGACCUGCGCGGCGGGCAGCAGAUCGACAUGACCUGCUGGAACCAUUACUGGGCCUUGGAGCGGGACAAUGGCUCGUACCAUUCAGCGCUGGAGGUGAACCAGCAGCUCACGCGGGCGUUGAAGUCAGACUCCCAGGUGCUUGGGCGUAUGCAGAUGCACUUUGAGACAGCAGUCGGCGACUCUGGCGACACAGGUGCCCACGGCCUCACCAGUGCUGGCCUUCUGAAGGCUUGCGAGCGGCUGGCUGCUUCCCCAGCAGACGUCCUGGAGAAGCAGUGGGCCAAGGAGCUCUUGGGGCAGCAUGCUGCCGGCGAAGAGGUCUUGGAGGAAGAUGAGGUUCUGAGCUACUGCGACUACCUGAACGUCAUGUUCGGACGCAAGAGGUACAAAGUCUACCUCUGGAUGUACGACAUAUCGGAUGGCUUUGCUGCGCGGUGGUCAUGGCUGCUGCUUGGGAAGGAUUUUAAGGGCAUCUGGCACACUGGCGUUGUGGUGGAGUGGCCGGAUAAAAGCUCGGAAUUUUGGUUCGGGGGCCGCAUCUUCGACUCCCAGCCCGGGACCACUCCUUUCGGAGAGCCGGUGGAGAGGAGGUUCUUGGGCUACACCUACAAGAGGCGUGCAGAAACCUGGGAGUACCUCACCAGGCACUGUGCUUCUGAGUUCACCCGCGAGAACUACGACGUGCUGACUCACAACUGCAAUCACUUCUCGGAGAAGCUGCACAUGUUCCUGCGAAAUGAGCACAUCCCUGACGAGGUGCUCAAGCAGCCGGACAUGGUCAUGCAGACCAUUACUGCCCGGGCUUUGCGACCCCUGCUGAACCGUUGGUUGGGAGGCUUCGAGUCCAAGGAUGGCAGGUCUACAGACGGUGGUGAGGCAGCGAGGGCUUUGUGGGACUCGCUCAGUCCCGGCGCACUAGUUGAGUUCGUGCACGAGGACAGCGGUCGACCGCUGGUGGGCAAGGUCCUGUCUUUGCGCGACAAUUCAGCUGCGCAGGUCGCUUCCCUGAACCUUCUGCAGCAAAGCAUGGUGCAGCAGGAAGUGUUGCGAACGAGCAUCACCAAGAUGCUCCGGAGCGCUCCAAAGCCCAUUCCGCGAACCCGCGAGGCAACUACAGGCCCGGCUUGCUGCCCAAGCAUCUGCCAGCUUGACUGA